UUGUUGCUGUUAAUCAAUUUGUCCAAUUUGAAUUUGGUAGCAAGCAAAACCAUAAGAUAUGAGCAUGAGAGCAAAAGGCAAACCGGUUAAACCAAAUUGAAGAUCAACUGACACGAGGUGUUUGUGUCAUUUUCAUCUUUCCUUUAUUCCUAAUCAGAUUGUGUUUAAAUUAUUGUUUCCAAUUAAACACUCUGCUGGAUUAUUCAUUAUGGGUAAGAAAAAAGCUGAGAAAACAAUGUCAAGUGUCAUCAAUACGAGAGAUUUUUUUCUUACCUGUAUGGGAUUUAUUUACCUGUUUGCAUUCACUUCCCUUUAUCAUCAAUUACCAGGUUUAAUCGGUGACAAUGGUAUCCUACCUGUACAUAGUUUUGCUCAAUUAAACAAACGAGGUUUAUCAGUUUUAGAUGAAGUUAUCAAUUCUAAGCCGAGUCUUGUUUGGUUUGCUCCUAAAUUGGGCCUUUCAUUUGAUUAUAUGAUGGACUUAAUUGCUCUCACUGGAAUACUCAUCUCAUCUUUGGUCAUUAUCUCAAAGAAAGCCGCUAAUCCAAUACUAUUUGGUGCUCUUUACAUUUUGUACUUUUCAUUGUACCAGGUUGGUCAAGAAUUUCUUUGGUUCCAAUGGGAUAUUCUUCUUCUUGAAGCUGGAUUUCUUUGCAUCAUAAUUGCUCCAUUUAGUAAUUAUUUCAAUCAUUCUCUCUCUCGAGAUCCAAUUGCUUUAUGGCUUGUCAAGUGGCUACUGUUUCGUUUAAUGUUCAGCUCAGGAUUGGUCAAGUUAACCUCUAAAUGUCCUACCUGGUGGGGUUUAACUGCUCUUAAUCAUCACUUUGAAAGUCAAUGUUUACCAACUCCACUUGCUUGGUAUGCUCAUCAAUUACCUGGAUGGUUUUUGAAAUUAGGUGUUGUUGGAACUUAUCUUGUUGAAAUAGCGAUGCCAUUCCUAUUUUUUGGACCCUCAAUGAUGAGAAGGAUUAGUUUCUGGUCUCAGAUUUUAUUUCAAUUCUUCAUCAUAUUAACUGGAAAUUACAACUUCUUCAAUCUUCUCACAAUUGUACUUUGUUUACCUUUACUGCAAGAUUCUGAUUUUCCUAAAUUCAUGCGGCGAUCAUGGCGAGUUCGACCUGCUAAACGAAGUUCAACUGAUUUAAUGGUUUUAAGUUCAUCCCUUUGUUUCCUAUUUUUCUGGACAGUUAAAUUGUUUAACUUGAAGAUUGAAAAUUCAUCUUGGAUAUCAUCUAAAGUGAACUUUAAUGAAUCUGAAUUUAAAUUGUUCAUCACAAAAUCAGUUCAUGCAUCAAUCACUGUUGGUCUAUUCUCACUUGGCUUUGUUAUAAUUCGUUCAAUUUACCGAGCAAUUCAAAAAGGAUCUCUUUUCACUCAAUUCUGUCGAAUACUUAAUGUUAUUUUCUAUGGUUUAAUUGCUUUCUCCAUUUUCACCAUUAGUUUAAUUCCAUUUGCUGGUCAACUUGACAAGAAUAUUUACAAAAACAUCUCACCCAUUGCCCAUGAAUGGCACCAGAAAAGCAAUCCUUUAAUAAUAACCAACAGCUAUGGACUUUUCCGUCAAAUGACCGGUGUCGAUGGCCGACCUGAGUUGAUUAUCGAAGGGUCAAAUAAUCUUGAAACAGGUUGGAAAGAAUAUCAUUUUCUUUAUAAACCAGGAAAACUAAACGAAGCCCCCAAAUUUUUAAUUCCUCAUCAACCUCGUCUUGAUUGGCAAAUGUGGUUCGCCUCACUAAGUGAAUACGAAAAUAAUCCUUGGCUUUUAAGUUUUAUUUACCGAUUGAUUACCAAUGAGAAAAGUGUCAUAAAUCUUAUCGAUUCUAAACAAUUACCAUAUCCAUCCGGAGUUAAACAUGUACGAGUGAAAAAAUAUCUUUACCAUUAUACAAAUUCAACGGAAAAAAGUAUCACCGGUACUUGGUGGAAACGAGAAUUUAACAAAAUGUAUUUACCACCAGUGGAUAAAGAAACCAUUUCAAAAUAUUUAGAAGGAUCCGGAAUCCAUUUAAAACAACGUAAUCCACUUAAAUUAACCGAAUCAAAUUACUCUUGGUUAUUACCAUUAAUCCGCCAAUUGGUUAAUCAAGUUUCACCAAAUGUUUUCAUCUACACUUUUGCUGCCUGUUUAUUAUCAAUCAAACUCAUCAAUUAGUUACUACAAUUACUACAAAUCAUUGGUCUCUCUCUCUCUCUCAUUCUAUAUAUUGAUUUAACAAAUUUACUAUUAUUAUUAUUAUUAUUAUUAUUAGCGUCAUUACCAUUGUUUUAUUAUCAUUACUGUUCACUUACAACAAUUAACAUCUAAGUUGAGUGAUUAUUGGUAAACAAAAGCAAUGAGACCACUAAAAGUGUAACAUGAAACAUGUUUACUGAAACAAUUUUAACCCGAUUGAUCCUUGAAAUCUCAAUCAAAAUUAUAAAUGUUAAUUUUUCGUUUCUACAAUAAUCAACAAUUUAACCUAAACACACACAUAAUACUAACCCAUAACUAAAUCAUCAAAUUGUAGCAAUGAUGAUGAUAAUAAUAAUAAUAAUAAAACGGAAAAAAAGUUGUUUACAAAACAAAAUAAUUUUUAUCAUUAUCAA